AUGGUCCUCGACUCGCUGCCGUGCAAGUCCUCGCUGCACAAGCUGGGCCAAAACACGAUCCGCGACCUUUCCCACGGCAACACUUUGACCCAUCAAUUCCAGACCGCCAAGACACCCGAGGAAGAGCCCAUUAUCCCAUCGCCGACAGUCUUCGACUUUGCGAAAGAGACGAGCAGCAGACGCGGCGACGCGCACAGGCUGCCCAUUGUCGCAUCCUGUGCAGCCCACCUCGAGCUGCUGGAAGUGUUUUACCUUCUGCGCCAAAAGAUCCUGGCGUCCGAGGACAUUGACCGAGCGUGCGACAUCAAGCCGAUCCGCGAGACCAAGACCGGCGCGAGGGGCGACACCAAGACGCUCCGCGACCCGACGCUCUGGAAAAGGCGGGCACGGAAAUGGACCAUCUUCUUGGAGUUUGCCGCCGUGCGGUUCCUCGUCUGGCGCGCCGCAUUACAACGCGAUACCAACGGCAUGGUGUUUGCACACGACGACGGCACUCAUGUCCUGGUGAACCUGCCGCCGGUUGACGUCCUCAUGGUCUGGCACGCCUUCACGCUGAACCCACGGCUCUUCGCCCAGACGUGCAAAGAGGAGGUCCUCUACAAGAUCCGCAUGCCGUGGAAGUCUGUCCACGAGCGCAUCGACAAUCGCAACUGGGUCUUGGAGUUGACCGCCCCGGAAAAGUCCGAGUUUGAGCGCGUCACCGGCUUGACGAGCGACCUGUUCGGGCAGUUCACCGCAUGGACCCCUGCGCCAGAAAAGCCUACCGUGAUAAAGCUGGGCCUAUUCACAACGACGCUGCCGGCCAAGCCAGCGCUGCCCCCGGGGCCGAAUCGUCCCAAACUCGGAGAGUUUUCCCUCGAUCGCGCAGGUCCCACGACGUCAACGAUCUUAGGACUGCCGCCGCCCGCACCAUCACCGCCAGUGACAUGGACAGAAACAGACCUCCAGUACAAGAAACUGUUCGAAGCAACAGACACCGACCUAGCCAAGAAGCUCCGCGACGCCGUCGAUCGCCAGACUGCCUUUGUCGACAAGAUGAACAAGCACAUGUGGAUCCGCAGCCCAGCCCUCUCCGGCACCCUCACGCGCGCCGUCGCCCGCUACGGCAAGUUCCUCGACAUCAUGCGCCGAUACCCGCAGGUCAUGGUCGUGCCGACGCUAGACAUCGACCUCGUCUGGCACACGCACCAGUGCGCGGCCGUCUUCUACGCGCGCGGCAUGAGGGCCAUUGUCGGGCGCUUCAUCAACCACGACGACUCGAUCGCGGAGGGGAAGCUCGACACGGGGUUUGACGACACGCUGAAGCUAUGGCAGGUGCACUACGGGACGCAGUAUCGCGUGUGUGGGUGCUGGGACUGCGAGGCGCUGCAGAGUGCGCUGGAUGAGGCGGUGCGGGCUGGGGGGGAGGAUGUCGACAUGGAGACGGUGGCGAGCCGGGCGCAGGAGGAAGUUACGUAUUACAGAGCGGUCGAGGUGGCGAUACGGACGAGAAAGCCUCUACCGAUUCGGGUAUCUAUAUAG